GCUUUCAUUUCUUUUUUGGUGUCACGUGUUAUUGUUUCGGUCUGUUUAGAUUUGUAGACAGUGAUGUUUUUAUUUCUGUGUUUUAACAUAUAUUUUAGUAUACAAUGAAGAUCUCUGUGUCUGUCCUCGUGCUGACUUUGUCCGCACAGGUGUGGUCCAACUUUUGUCCAUGUGCACGAGAGGAACUCUGUCAACCCAUUCGAUCCCAACCGGCGUUUGAGGUUUUUGUAUUUGAUGUUGGGAAAAAGGCUUGGAAGUUUUAUGACUGGACGAAAGUUACAACAGUUGCAGCUUUUGGACAAUAUGACGCGGAUCUCAUGUGUUAUGCUCACUCUAAAGGAGCUCGAUUGGUCCUGAAAGGAGAUGUGCCACUCCCAGAUAUUGUGGAUCCAGUAAAUAGGACAGCUUGGAUCCAGGCAAAGGUCAAGUUGGCAAAGAGUCAGUUUAUGGAUGGAAUAAACCUAGACGUUGAGCAGGCGGUGCAGACCGGUUCCCCUGAAUACUAUGCUUUGACAGCCCUCGUCAAGGAAACCACUGAAAGUUUCCACACAGAGAUCCCAGGCUCUCAGGUAUCAUUUGAUGUGGCUUGGUCGCCCAAAUGCAUCGAUAAGCGUUGCUAUGAUUACCUUGCCAUUGCCGAUUCAUGCGAUCUCUUGUUUGUUAUGUCCUAUGAUGAGCAAAGCCAGAUCUGGGGUGAUUGUAUAGCCAUGGCCAAUGGCCCCUUCAAUCAGACAUUGACAGCCUAUGAUCAAUACAUCAGCAUGAACAUAGACUCAAAGAAACUUGUGAUGGGUGUUCCAUGGUAUGGUUAUGACUACAGCUGCCUACAUUUUUCAAUGGAUGGAAUAUGUACAAUUCCAAAAGUGCCAUUCAGAGGGGCUCCAUGUAGUGAUGCAUCCGGCAAACAAAUUCCCUACAGCAUCAUGAUGAAACAGAUCAACAGCUCAAUAUCAGGAAGACUGUGGGAUGAGAACCAGCGAGCUCCAUAUUAUAAUUACAAGGACACAGAAGGCAAGGUCCAUCAGGUGUGGUAUGAUGACCCAGAAAGUAUUGCUCUAAAAGCUGCCUAUGUGUCACAGCAUGGUCUGAAAGGAAUCGGGAUGUGGAACGGAAAUCUCCUGGACUACAGCAGUGAUCCAAUCGCCCAGCAACAGACUGUGGACAUGUGGAACGCACUAAUACCCAAAGUACACAGGAAGUCUGCUGCGGUCUUAUAGGAUUCUGCUGUCUCUUGUUGUCAAUAUUCACACAAGGUCUGAGUGACAGAAGAAGUGCUUACCAUAAAUAUUUGUCAUAUUUAUGAUUAAUUUGAUUGUUUUAUCAUAAACUGAAUAAAUAACACAUUCCUUGUCA